UCAAACAUAGCAUCUACAGUGAAGGCCUUUACAGCGGCUCUACUCGGUAUCUUGAUCACAGAAUCCAGAAGAAAAGGGGGAAGCCUUGGAUGGCAAUCUAAAGUAGGAGACAUACUAGGACCCGAGUUUCAGAUGAGUACAGAUUGUGUUACAUCUGAGAUGACUAUUAAAGACCUCUUGACCCAUCGGACAGGUGCGCAAAACGUGGACUUCGCCUUGGUUACAGCUCUUCCAAAUAUCACAAGGGCUGCCUACGUCAGCCGUUUAAAAUAUUUACCUCUGACGAAAAUUUUUCGAGACGAAUGGAGCUACAACAAUUUAAUGUACGUGAUAGCAGGUCACGUUGCAGAAGUAAUUGGCGGGAAAUCAUUUGAGGCGUUGAUCAAGGAGAAAAUAUUUGAUCCGCUUGGCAUGAAUGCUUCUAUUUUUAUGGAUGAUGCGUCUUGGAGAAAUGAACAUUUUGCAUUUCCGUACUUUUUAUUGAACGGAACAUUAAGUUUCAAUAAUGGUGAUUUUCUUCUGUAUAGAUUACAUGACUUAUACCCAACGGUUGGCCUUUGCUCCUCACCUCGAGACUUGUCAAAGUGGCUGUUGUUUCUGUUGGGAAAUGGCACAUCUGAAAAUGGUCUUACCCUCAUUGACAAAAAAGUAUUCGAAGAAAUGUUUGACCCUCACAUACCAUUAGGCCUGCCAGUCAUGGGUCGUUUCACUUUAACAACCCCGUAUCCAGUGCGUUCAAUACCUUUUUGGUAUGGUUAUGCUUGGUUCGGAAGAUAUUAUAGAGGUCAUAAAUCUUUAUUCCAUACGGGAUCCUUUCAUGCCUAUUCCUCAUUGGCCUCUCUCUACCCGCAAGCUAGCAGUGGUUUCUUCAUGACAACGAAUGGUCCCUGGCCAGUAAAUUUCAGAACAGAUUUAGAACCGUUGUCAUAUAUGCUAUCAGAUAUCCUUCUUCAAGAAAUGCCAUGGUUAAACAGCUCCACGGUUUGCUCAUUUCCUGAACCCUGGGUGGAAAAGCCAAAAUCAAAAAUCUCAGCUGAGGCUAACAUUUCGACAGAUGAUUAUGACGUUACCCCAUGUUUAGGAAGUUAUGGACAUCGUAUCUAUGGAGAUGUUGUGAUUAGUAAUAAUAUCUCCAGUAAAGAGCUUCAAUUUAAAGUCAAUACAGUUGGAGAAGGGAAUUUAAUUCUCUUGUUUUCUGAAAACUCGACAUUUCGUAUGAACUUUGCUGGAAGAUUUCCGUUAAUUUUUGGUAGUGGAUGUGAAGCUCGUUUCGUUGCUCAGUCAGGUGGACUCGGGAUAUCUCUAAUUAGAAAUGGAAGUGUUUUCUACAAAGGAUAUGGCCACGCCAAACUAGAUCCGCCCGUGCCUUUUGAUGAGUUCACAGUAUCAAACAUAGGAUCUACAGGAAAGGCUUUUACAGCGGCUCUCCUUGGUAUCCUCAUCACUGAAUCCAAGAAGAAAGGGGAAAGCCUUGGAUGGGAAUCUAAGGUAGGAGACAUACUAGGACCCGAGUUUCAGAUGAGUACAGAUUGUGUUACAAUUGAGAUGACCAUUAAAGACCUCUUGACCCAUCGGACAGGAGCGCAGAGCACGGACUUUCCCUUGAUUACAGUGACUCCAAAUAUCACCAGGGCCGCUUAUGUCAGUCGUUUAAAAUAUUUACCUCAGAUGCAAAAAUUUCGAGACGAGAUGAGUUACAACAACUUUAUGUACAUGAUGGCAGGUCACGUGGCAGAAGUAAUUGGCGGGAAAUCAUUUGAGACAUUAAUCAAGGAGAAAAUAUGGGAUCCACUUGGCAUGAAUGCUUCUAUUUUUCUAGAUGAUGUGUCUUCAAGAGAUGAACAUUUCGCAUAUCCUUACUUUUUAGUAAAUAAAACACUAAGUUUCAAAGAUGAAGACUUUCUUCUGUAUAGACUACGGGACCUUUCCCCAGCGGGUGGCCUUUGCUCCUCACCACGAGACUUGUCAAAAUGGCUGUCGUUUUUGUUAGGAAAUGGUACAUCUGCAGAUGGUCUCACCCUUAUUGAAAAGGAAGUGUUCGAAGAAAUGUUUAAACCUCAUAUAUCAAUUACAGAGGCACGCAUGGAUCGUUACAGUUUAACAAAUCCUUAUCCAGUGCAUUCAAUUGCUUCCUGGUAUGGUUAUGCCUGGUUCGGGAGAUAUUAUAGAGGACAUAGGUCUUUAUUUCAUACGGGAUCCCUCCAUGCUUAUUCUACAAUCGCAUCCCUAUACCCACAAGCUAAUAGUGGUUUCUUCAUGACAGCGAAUGGUCCCUGGCCAGUAAAAUUCAAAACGGAUUUAGAACCGUUGUCAUAUAUACUAUCAGAUAUCCUUCUUCAAGAAGAGCCGUGGUUAAACAGCUCCACGGUUUGCUCAUUUCCUGAACCCUGGGAAGAAAAGCAAGAAUCCAAGAAUGAAACCGAGGACAGCAUUUCGACGGACGAUUAUGAUGUUACCCCAUGUCUAGGAAAUUAUGGGCAUCGUGUCUAUGGUGAUGUUGUGAUUGGUGAUAAUUCUUUAAGCAAAGAGCUUCUCUUUAAAGUCAAUUCUAUUGGCGAGGGAAAUUUGACUCUUUUGUUUUUUGAGAAUUCGACAUUUCGUAUGAACUUUGCUGGCAGGUUGUCCUUGAUUUUUAGUCAUGACUGUGAAGCUCGUUUCGAUGAUCAAUCAGGUGGUUUGUUCCAAAAACUGAAAUUAAAAUGUUUUGGUGAAUAUGAAUUUGAUCGUGAUGGUUAUGGUACGUUUCGAGAUAAAAUCCCAAAUGGUCGAAAAGUACCACAUCCUUGUGAUCCGACAACCAUAUGGGAAGGUGUUGGACACGAGGCACAAGGUGGAGGAGGCCAAAGAAAUCCAUUCGGACUGGACUUCUUCAGAGAAGGCAAGACAUGGACUUCUGCACUUUGUCAAAAGGAUUCGGAUGGAGAUGGUAAGACCAAUGGGCAAGAAUUAGGAGAUCCAGAUUGCGAGUGGACACCAAAUAAAAUACCAAAAAAUAUCGUUGGACUGUCCCAUCCUGGUGUAUGUGAACCUCUUGAUGACCCAAAAUGCACUGGAAAGAACGAUUUUCUGCAAUGUAACAACCCUCCAAAAUUUACGUGUGACAUGGAAGAUGAUACUAUUAACCAAACAUUGAAAUUUCCAAGUACCAUGGUGCCCCCGAGGGAAACAAAUUAUUACUGCAUGACCUUUGACCUCCUAACAGAUGGAGAUUACCAUCUUAUUGGUUCACAGCCUUUGAUUGACAAUGCCGAUGUGUUACAUCACAUGAUUCUAUACGGCUGUAAAGACACAGCGAGCGCGACAACGACUCCUCAGAGCUGUGGCAUGGCAAAGGAAGAUUGCAUUGAUAUGAUAGCGCUUUGGGCUGUAGGUUUUAAGGGCGAAUGCCUUCAUAAAGACUCUGGUUUUAGGGUUGGAGUGAAUGGAUACAAGAAAGCUAUAUUAGAGGUUCAUUGGAAUAAUCCGGAGAAAAGGACAGAUUAUAUGGACGGAUCUGGCAUGUACAUAUUCCUAACAAAAACAAGAAGAAUCCAUGACGCAGGCAUUUUGAUGGUUGGACAGAACUACAUUCGGAUCCCCCCACGUUCUCCUCGAGUUGUGGUGACAGCGAACUGUUCCCAUACCGACACUUCACGAUUUAUUGUAAAUGGACCAGUUUAUUUUACCCGUGCACUGAAUCAUAUGCACUACCUGGGAAGAGAAAUGAAGUUAGAACACUACAGGGAUGGAAAGAAAUUGCGGGACCUAUCUUAUGAAACCGACUACAGUUAUGAUAGUCCAAAAACAUUCGAAUUCCCAACACCUAUCGAGUUCAGACCCGGGGACGAAAUAAUCUCGACUUGUGUGUUUUCCUCUAUGAACAGGAACAAAACUGUGUACAAAGGUGACGCAACUAAUGACGAAAUGUGUUUCGGAUUUCUCACCUACCACCCUAAGGAAAAUCUCAAACUGACAACCUGCACCCAGUGGCGAGACAUAAGCGAAAACGCUUUAUAUAGUUAUGGAGAUAAAGUUAUAGUUAUAAAUGGCUGUAAUACCACGGCAUUUAAUGAUAAUGAGCAUCCUGAAACGGCCGCUUUUCUAAAGGGCGUUUUCGAAAAUUGUAAAAUGCUCACAGGAUGUACCUCAGAAUGCCGUACCUUUUUAGCAGAAGCAAUGAAAAACCCAUGUGUAAAUGGCAGUGUUGGUGCUUAUUAUCGAGAAGUAGUAGUGAGAAUUAACUGGCCAGAACGCUUUGCUAUGUUUACAGCUCUUGACUCGUGUAACGCGGAGAUUGCUCGAGAAAAAUGUCAGGGUAAUUGUAUGGAAACUUGUAAAGAAGUUUACAAACCAACAUCUGAAGCCAGCAGCGCAACAUCAGCAACACUUAUGGCAUCAAUUGUAUUCACCAUCCUUUUGUCUUUAUAGGGACGUAUAAUUCACUUCUAACCAUGGAUUUAGUCGAAAAUUACUAAUAACACAUUAUUUCACAAUAUCGUGUAUAUAAAGAAUGUUUUAACGUGUAUGUGCAAGAGUGAAGCUGGAUUUCAAUGCCUGUAUUUCUUUUGAUACUAAAUAAAAUUCAAAGUUACGUACAUGUAAAUCUAUACACUGUAUUUUUUUCACACUGUAUCUGUCACUCUAUCACAAAGUCUAUACACUGUAUAUAGAUUAUCAAUCUUACCUAACUCGGGAAUAACACAACACUCGUAGGAUGGAACUUUACCUAGAGUUUACGUCUAUUUUUUUUAAUGAAUUCUGAGCAUUGUAAAGAUAUUUUUCGCUCAGUCUUUUAAGAUGAGAUUCGUUACCCAAAGAUAUGCACAUCAUAGAUCAUAUGGAAUAUUAAGGAAUGUUUUUAAGUUUAGUGUGAGUUAUGGGUGUGUAAAUCACAAGACUUGUCACGUAGGAAUAUUUCAUGAAACGCGCUAGCGCUUCAUGAAAAAUAUGCCUACGUGCAAGUCUGUGUGAUUUACACACCAAUAAUUCACACUUAACUUAAAAACAUUUCUUAUAUUUACAUUUUACAUGUUUAAAUGCACCAAAAAUAUACUCAAUAUUUGAAUUUCUCGCUGCCCUAUAUCGUCAUAUUUUUAUUAACAUCUCUGUAGCCUCAUUGUGACGUCACUUUAGCGCGAGUUUCUCCGUGUAUAUUUCUACGCGUGAGUAUACACAAAAAUGGUUUUCAAAUCAAUUUCACAGUUGGCUUAGUAGAAAAACACAGCAAAUGUAAAUAUACACGUUUGCACUGUAACCCACAUGUAUUUCAUGAUGUGCUUACUAUUGAUGCAAACCUUUUACCAUCAAAUAUCUAUGAAUUCACCAAAUAAUAAAGGUCUUAUGUUAUGAUACCAGUGGUGUGCUAUGUAUUUAGUUUUGUAUUUUGAUUAAUCAUAUGUUUCUUCAGAUCUGAGUUGUAUACAUAUUUAAAUAUUGUUCUCUCUUGAAGAUUAAGCUUCGCCUAAUAAAAUAGCUAUGAUCUUUG